UUAAAGUAUGGAACUUGAUGAUUCUUGAGUUUGUUGGCCCUGAUCCGCCGCCCUGUUUGUGAUUAUUUCGGCAAAACUCGGUGUGUUUUCGGACAGUUUCGCGGAGUUCUCGGUCGAGUGACGGGUAGUAGAUGUUAUUGUCGUUUGACGUCAUUACGUCGUUGUUGACUCCGAAAAUGAGCGUCGGUGAUAUAAACCACGCUCUUGCGUUGUAUCUUCGUUGUUGCGUCAGUGCGGAGUGUGCGAUCGUGUGAGAAAUAUAAAACGAGGUAGUACGAGAUAACGGUGCGCAACAUCGUCAAAAGCUAUCUCCAAAAUCUCAGAAAUGUCCAGAAAAACCAAUUGUAAAAUGUUGGUUCAUCAAGUAUCAGCUGUGCUGCCAGAUGACAGACCCAUAACUGCCAUUAGUGUUGUGGAAGAUAUAGAUAAAUGUCCACCAAAUUUUACAGUGGUUUCAAGAACCUACGAUCAAGACACAGAUGCAGAUUUGUGGAGAGAAACUGGAUUAUUUAUUAAAAAAAAGGGUAGAUAUAUCUGUUUCUCAAAGACUGAAGGUCAGCCCAAUUGUGUAGUAGAAGAUAUUCUGGUAAUUAAUGAACGAGAAGUUCCACCAGAGAGAUAUAACAUGAUCUCCUAUACUGUAGAUUCCAGGCAAAAGGCCUGGCGCAAAAAACAAGUGUGCUAUAAACUUAGUAGUAAGGACUCUUGUGCAAAAGCGGUUACUGAUAUUAUAAUAUGCAGCAGAAUGAUCAACAAGGACUCCAAUUUGGCUCCUAUAGGAUUUUCUGCUGCUGGCAUUAUAAAUGGUGUUCGUGUGUGUUAUAAAACCGUAGAUAUCACAAAUACUAACAUGGAUUCACAAUCAUAUGUUAAUAUAGACUUACUGCAAAGCGUUUCUCCGAAUCCUUCAAAUGGAACUCCUCAUAGGCUAGCGCCUGAGAGGCCUCCGAAACCAAAGUUCUCGCCAAAACCAUCAAUUAACGGGAUUUAUCCUCAAAUCAAUGUUGCAUCUAACAAACUCGAUGAAUCUAGCGAUCGAGAUUACGAAGUUCUUAGUCCUAGCGCCCGAAUCAGGCCCACAAGGCCCGCGCCUCAACCGCCCACGUCCGUGUCACCUAUCGUCGGUUCAACGUCGAAUUACGGCACACUUCCAGGAUCAUCCGAUCUAGAUGGCGUUCCGUUCGCACUUAAUCCUCGUCUUAUCAUUAAUCACUCUAAUUCUGCCAGUGACAAACUUCCUGUUAUCAAAGUGUGGACCCAGAAAGAUUUGGAUAAAGAAUUUUUCUACGACUUCCGUGCAGAGAGGGAGACUUGAAAGACACAAUCGCGUGCCAAAGCCAACUCCACGAGUUUACAAAAAAAAAAAAAUCCUUUUUCUCUGUCAGCCGUAC